UGUGGUUCACCACACCUCUUAGAGCAUCACUGAAAAACACUAACUAAAGAGAUUUCCACAGUAGUGACAGUGAAUUAUCAUCUGAAUUAUUCAAGGUGAUAAAAGCUUAAAUUCAACAGAAUGAUCAGUACAUUUACAAAAUACACUACUACAAAAUUACCUGAGCUAAAAAAAAAAAGACAUGAUACACAAUGUAGAUGAGUGACUUAGCAAGGAAUUUGAGUCCACAAAUGGUACCAAACAGAAAUCCAAGAGAAUUAAAUUUGUAUCCAAAGUGGGGGCAACAGAAAUGACCACAAGGACAGAGCCCUGGAGUUAGAAGACAGGGCUGGUGUCAGUGCCCAAAUACUCAGGGACACCUUACAAAAUUGGAACAUGGACAGUAGAUCCAACAGCUAUUAGAUGGUGCACAGACAACUAACUAGAAUAAGUGAAAAACCACAAGACAGCACACAUGGCAUAAAAAUCUGUGACAGAAACAAUAGCAGAAAACUUUCUGAAUAUGGGGAAGUAACUUGACAUACAGAUAAGAAAGACAGAUGAAACCCCAAGUAGCCACAAUCAGAAAAGGAUCUCCCCAUGACAUAUGACAGUCAAUACCUGGGAAGUCCAAGGUGAGAACAGAAUCUUAUAACCUCAUAAAGAAAAGCAAGGAAUCACUUAUAAAUGUAAAACCAUUAGAAAUACAGCACACUUUUCAACACAAACUGUUAAGACCAGGAGAGCUUGGAGUGAGGUAUUUCAACACAUAAAAGAAAGCAACUUCCAACCCAGGUGAUAUAUCCUACAGAACUCUCUUUCAAAACCGCUCUGCAGGACUUCAGGGCGACCACUUCCCUCGCUGGAGCCCAGCCAGUCCUGUCUGAAACACACUGUGGAUGGCCUGGCUGCAAGGCCUCUCUAGCUUCCCUGGCCUUGAAACUGUCAGAUUGUUUGACACUGUUAGUGUAGAAACAGGAGAAGUGACUGGGAGCCCCUGGCUUAGAGGGGCAGUGAUCUCAGUGCCCAGGGAUUUCCCUGAACUCUCAGAGGACGAGCAGGAGUUCUCCCAGGGCCUGGCACAUGUAUGACCGUCCUGAUGUUCACCUCAGAGACAGAAUACUGAACUCCAGUUGCAGGAGGUGUGUUGCCUCCCAGGAUUUGGCAACUGUAGAUAGAGAGCUUGUCUGCAUGGCAGGAUGUAGGUGAAACCUCCAGAGGAGUCUUCAAGGUUAGAUGAUGACACUGUGAACAGCAUCCCUGCAAACUUUCCUGGUCUUGACUAUUUCAGGAGCAUAACACUAACUUUGUCAUAAAGGUGCAGAAACAUAGGUUUACCAGACACACACUCAUUCUUUAGAAUAUUUCUAUUGAUGAGUUAUUAACUUUACUUUUAUAAGUGUUGUUAUAUUACACAUUGGCUUACCAGGAAAAAAAACAAAAAAAUAUAAAGUAUUGAAUUUUUAAUAUUUAUUGAGUGUUUAUAAUAAAGCAUCAAAAUUUAAAACAUCAACAAUUUUUUGGCAUAAAGUCUACAAAAAAUAACAAAAAUAUUCCUAUACAAAUUACACUGAAAAUACCAACAGCAAUUUACAAAAAAGUAAUCUUCACUUCAAUUAUCACAUCUAAAUCAGUCUGUGCACAUGACCACAGCGUAUUCCAUAGACACAUAAUACUCACACUGGGAGCACACGUUUUGCUGUCCUACUCUUUUUGUAGGAUAUACUUGAUAUCUCAGUAGUUUUGCUGUUUUGUCAAGGUUAUUGUGUUACAGAGUGUGCAGCCAACAGGAACAUAAAAUAUCAAAAGAAGUUCUUAAAUUCUUACUGUGUGUUGUGCCUUUAGAAUACACAUCAAUGGGGCUGGGGGUUUAGCUCAGCACCAUAAGCACCUGCCUUGCAAGCAGGCGGUCAUGAGUUCAAUCCCCGGUACUGAUAAAAAAGUGAAAAAGACAAAAAAAAAAAAAAAAAAAAAGAAAAAAAAAAAGAAUACACAUCGAUAUCUUUUCACAUCAGCUGUGUAUUUCUUUAUAAAACCCAAAGGUAACAUCAAAAAUAGAAACCUAUGUGAACUGCAAUGUAAACAGAAACAAAAAUCUACCACAUAAAUAAGCUUUGCUUCAACUGUCAUAUCCAAAGCAGUCUUUGCACUUGUCAUACCCAAGGCAGUCUUGCAUGUUCCAUACACGAGGGACACUUCCACUGAUAGCAUGUUUUGUUUUCCUGUAUUUUCUUGUAGGACACAGUUGAGAUCUUUUUGUUUUCCUCUUAUCAUCGUGGAUCUAGGAAGCUGUGUGUGCCUAUUCACCUGUCAGCUCACCAGUGCACUCCACAGUACUUCACAUAAUUCACUGACAAGAAAAGCUGGAUUUUUCUCUGCUGUAAAUAAUCUCAUAUGAACUGUAGUCCCAAACCAUAAGAACAUUUCUGUUCAUAACAUCAUCUGGUUUAUUAUUCUAUGAAUAAACACCUUGUGGCUAAGUUCAAGCUAAAUGUCUAAGUUGAAAGCACAAAAAGUCCUCACAUGCACAAGGGCAUGCAUUAUGCCAGAGUUGACCCAUCAUUUUCCAUGAGGCCUUUACAUUCCUGCAAUCCCUAUGAGAAUCCACUAUGAGAAAUCCCUCCUAAGCACACAGAUCCAUAAAUGCUUUCAGUUCAGCACCAUGUCAUAAAACAUUUUUGAAUAUGGCUAAUGGUGCAUAGAGAACACUUUACUUGAAUUUUAACCUCUAUAUUUCACAGAAUCUUGUAACAUUUCAUGUGUUAAAAUUUCCAACUUUGAAUAGCAGUAUCAGCAUUCGUCCAAUACAUUUCACUCUUGCCAAGUCCCUCACUAUAUUUUUGGACUUAGUAUUAACAUUAGAUCAUUUCAUUUGGUUAUGUGGCCAUUUUGCAACAUUUUCACUAGUCAAAUAUGUAUUCACAUUGUUUUCUUUGUCAUCUUAACAAAGGAGGUCGGUAUCAGUAUCAGUUGAUCUUUGCUCCACUUCACUGUCCCAGGAAGUUUGACUCACAUGGCCAAUGUCAAAGUCCUCUCCCUCCUCUUCAUCGACAUCCAUCCAUCCACAACACUCUUCUGUUAUGAAAGUGUUUUGUCAUAAUGGAUCAUCUUCAUCACUCAUGCAUGAGUAAUCUGACGAUUCAUUCACUUGUGACCUCCUCCAAGAUAUAGUUUUCACAUGCCAUUGUACAGAACUGGGCUAUUUCCACCAGAAAAAUCAAAAGAAAGCUUUUAAAAAGACAAAUCCUGGAGUAAUGGGAGAUUAUUGAACCCUCUUUGAUGCUUGAAUAAACACACAAAAGCAGUUAGAUGGAGCACAACGUGGGUGAAAAUCCCAUUUUGAGACUUUUCCACUUGCUCACCCACUUCAUUGUUUGACACAGCAAGUUGGUAAUCACAUAAACUGCUUUCCAGUGUUCCUCAGGGGAAGGUAGUGACAUGCCCAGCUGGCUAUUGCACUAAAGUAAAAUUUACUGGUACAGGAUAGGCCUACUGCAUGUGGUUAUGUUGCUACCUACACUCUAAUAUGUCCUUGUGUCUCCUGAAACCUUUUCUUAACCAAAGACCCACUCCAACAGUAGAGUGGCCAACUCUUCUGUAUUUGGCACAGAGGACUUUUACUUUGUACUUUUUCUACCUUCUUGCUUUGCAUCUAAUUGGGUGAGGUUUCCCAUCUCGUCUCCCAGUCUCUGCUUUUGAUUGGGAAGACACUGCCCCUUCAUUAGAAGGGAAUUAGAGCUUGCAAGAGUUUGCCUCUGUCAGGUGGCUGUUUCAUGAGCCUUGCAGCAUCUUGUCCUUGCUCUUUUUCAUCUUCUUCUUCUUUAUUUUUUAAAAUUUUAUUUUAUUUUAUGUUUUUCGUAUCAGGGAUCAAACUCAGGACCUCACACUUGCCAGACAGAUCUUAUGCUGCUGAGUUAAAUCCCUGGCCUAAAUAGAGGAUAAAACCAAGGAAAAUAAAACAGAACAAAACCGAUCAAGAUAAACCAGUAUAAGUGAUACAGGUCUUUAAAACUUAGAAAAUCAGCAAUAGUUACCAUAAUGCCUCUAUCAUCUUCAAAAUAGCUGCAGAUACCUUUGGACCUGGUAAAAAUCAAACAACAGAAUAGAGCAGAAACAACAAACACAAAACAAUGACUGCAGUAAAGGACUUCAAAACAAGCUCACAGUAAGUCCAGAAUGGCUACCAUAACACGUCUUGCUAUCUUUUGAACAGUUGUUCAUGGCAUCAGAUUUAAUAUAAUCAAACAAAAUGAAAGAAUAAAACCCAACCAACAAAGCAAUGAAAAUGACAUGGUUUCCAGGCAGGGCCCACCCCCUUGUGAGGCCUGGUUCUCGCUCCACAGUCUGCGAAUGCUGCUGACUGGGAGAGAGGCUUGGGCGUGGCUGUCCCCACUCCAGCAGCAGCUGUCCUGCUCUUCUGCAGGAGUCAUUCGUUUUGGAGUCAAUGGGCUCGUCACCUGUGUAAAAGCUAUUUAUGUUUUCUUUGAGGAUGCCGUGGAUAUAACUUUGAAAAUCCCAAGGCCACCCCAGGGUGGUGUGAAUCCGUGGCAGUUAAACAUAGCCAUAUACAGGAUGCUGCCCCACAUCUGGGGAGUGAGUUUGUAGUUUCCUCCACGUAUGCCACACUGUGUCUCAGGAAAUACAGUACUACAGGGUGCCUUGUUUUCUUUUCAAUAUGUGAGCCUCUAACAUGUAGAAUACAAAACCAGUCCUGAUUUUCAUAAAGGUCCACAUAUUCAGCUUUAACAGACUUUUCUUCAGACUUGAGUUCCUGCAAAAAAAUUCUCCUUUGUGAGCCAGGGUCUUGCUCUGUAGCCCAGGCUGGCCUUGAACUCACAGUGAUCAUCUUGCCUCAGCCUCCUGAGUGCUGGAUCACAGGCAUGUGGGACCACAGCUGGUUCUUUCAUUUCAACCUAAGGGACUCCUCUACCCAAGGCAGGCCUAGUAGGAAGGACGGACAUUCUUCAGUGCUUGCAUCUAGGAAUGUCUGAGCUUUCCCCCUCAUUUUAAGGACAGUUUUGCUGGAUGUAAAAUGCUUAGUUGAGAGAGCUUUUUGUUUUGUUUCACUGUUUCAUUCACACAGCACAUGUCCACCUGUUUCCUUCUGUCCUCCUGUAACAGAAUAUCCCGCACCCCAGUCAGUAUACUGCAGUUCUUAGUUGUCCAGGUAACAGUUCUGUCUCUAAGAAACGGCUGGUCACUGAGACGCCUAGCUGGUCACUGUGAUGCACGCUGCAUAAACCAACCCCAAUCAACAAGCCAUUUUGCCCCGGUACUCCCCACUUGCUUAUCCUAUACAGGCCUCAGACCAUCAGAGAUCAGGCCCUGAUAUUCUGGGAAUGUACCAAUCAGUGCCCGUUGGUGUAAAUAAAUGUGUCUCCAACUCCUGGGUGUCCUUUCUGUGACUGUGCUUGCCGCUGCUCUCCAAGGAUUUUGAGGAUAAGUCUAAUGAUUAUGUUUUUGGGGAAUUGCUGUCAGCUGCACAGGCAUUAAUUUAUUUGUCAUAUUUUAUACACUGAACGUUACGUUAUUCUAAUGUAAGUGAAGUUGCAGCAUCACUUUGACACCAGUAAGAAUUAAGAGCAAAAGGAACUGGAGAUGCUGAGUGUAGACAUCAUGGGAUCUCUAAAUGCAAGAGGUAUUACAGAUGCUGAGAACAGAUUCUCAGAACAGAAACAAAAAGGGAUAUUGAAGCAUCCUACAGGUCUGAAUUUCUAAAACAAAAGUGUCAAUCUCCAUAACUCACAUUAGUAAGACAUUUUGUAACAUUUUUCUGUUAGAAUCAAAAGACCCUCAUGGCCAAGAGUGUGAUGAGUGAAGUGGAGGUGACCAGCUCUGCCUGGGCCCACUGGCACCAUGACCUCACAAGAUCCCCUGUGAGGUCACAGCAGUUAGCUGUGUAAGGUAGGGUGUUCACCCCAGAGACUCUUUGUGGGUGAAGUAGAUUGGUGUUUGGAGUUGAGUUGGCGUUUUGAGAUUCGAAAUUUUUGUCAUUGAUUUUAUAAAGCCUAGUUCCAUCAGGGCACCCUUCGAGGUGGGUAAAACAUCUUUGCUGGACGUCAUGUCAUCGUCCACAGAAAUGUCAUCGUUCACAGGAAACUUCCAUCAAGACUAUGACGUGCUGAUGCCCCUUGGUGAGGGUCACUUUGCCAAGGUGGUACUCGCUGAACAUGUGAGCACAAGGAUGCUGGUAGCUGUGAAGGUACUUCAAAAGGACAAGUUGAGGCCUACUGCUGUUAGACGGGAGGUCAGCAUCCUAAAGGACCUUCAGCACCCCAAUAUCAUUCAGUUGCUGGAAGUGUCAGAAAAUAGUACCACUAUGUUCCUGGUAAUGGAAUAUGCACGCGGGAAAGACCUGCAGCGACAUAUCAAGCGUGCUGAGAGACAGAAGCUGCAGGAGGAAAGGGCACGGCUGAUAUUCCGAGAACUCCUGGAGGCUGUGCAGUACUGCCAUAACAGGGGAGUCAUCCAUGGGGACCUGAAACCGGCGAACAUAUUAAUGGACCGUGAAGGCCACCCCAAGCUCAGCGAUUUUGGCGUGGCUUUCAGGUUCCUUCCUGGCCAGGAGGUGACCACGUGUGGAGGCACCCGAAAGUAUGCUGCCCCAGAGAUAUUUUUACAAAAGAAAUACCAAGGCCCACCACUGGACAUUUGGUCUUUAGGGAUACUUUUAUUUGAGAUGCUCGCUGGGGUACGCCCAUUUAGUGGGAGCCAAACACGACUGACAAAGGAUGCCCUAAAGGGGCGAUACCAGUUUCCCCAGCACUUCUCCAAAGAGGUGCAAAGCUUAAUAAAGGGUCUUCUCAACCCUGACCCAAGAAUGCGCCCUACUUUAGAGAAAGUAAGGCAGCAUCCAUGGCUUCAGCUUGAAUCUGUCCCUUGUCAUCCUCCUCAACUGCUCCCCAAGGCCACAGAAAGGGCAAUAUUGCACAUUAUGGCUGGGAAGGGGUACAACCGGCUGAAGGUGAUUGAUGCAGUGAAGUGCAGAAAAUACGAUCCUGACAUGGCGCCCUUCCUGCUACUACAGGACAUGGCACUCGAGAAACUCCACUUGAGGUCUGAGGUGAAGCCCACACACAAACGUGAGGCUGAAGAUCUGUUUGAACAGUCCACAAACAAAGAUGAGUAUACAGAUGAAUAUCAGCCAUCUUCAUCUCCUCCCCCUGUAGCAUCUCACAAACCAAGCCGUGCUAUUGCUACUACCAAGGCCUGCCAGCCCAGCCAUACUACUACCAUCAAGUCCUGCCAUCCAGGCCCUUCUACUCCCAAAGCAUCCCGUCAACCAAGCCCUGCUUCUCCCAUCAAGUCCUAUCAUCCAGGACCUGCUACCCCUAAAGCAUCCCGUCAACCAAGCCCUGCUUCUCCCAUCAAGUCCUACGAUACAGGACCUGCUACCCCUAAAGCAUCCCGUCAACCAAGCCCUGCUUCUUCCAUCAAGUCCUACCAUUCAGGGCCUGCUACCCCUAAAGCAUCCCGUCAACCAAGCCCUGCUUCUUCCAUCAAGUCCUACCAUUCAGGGCCUGCUACCCCUAAAGCAUCCCGUCAACCAAGCCCUGCUUCUCCCAUCAAGUCCUAUCAUCCAGGACCUGCUACCCCUAAAGCAUCCCGUCAACCAAGCCCUGCUUCUCCCAUCAAGUCCUACGAUACAGGACCUGCUACCCCUAAAGCAUCCCGUCAACCAAGCCCUGCUUCUUCCAUCAAGUCCUACCAUUCAGGGCCUGCUACCCCUAAAGCAUCCCGUCAACCAAGCCCUGUUUCUCCCAUCAAGUCCUACGAUACAGGACCUGCUACCCCUAAAGCAUCCCGUCAACCAAGCCCUGCUUCUUCCAUCAAGUCCUACCAUUCAGGGCCUGCUACCCCUAAAGCAUCCCGUCAACCAAGCCCUGCUUCUUCCAUCAAGUCCUACCAUUCAGGGCCUGCUACCCCUAAAGCAUCCCGUCAACCAAGCCCUGCUUCUCCCAUCAAGUCCUAUCAUCCAGGACCUGCUACCCCUAAAGCAUCCCGUCAACCAAGCCCUGCUUCUCCCAUCAAGUCCUACGAUACAGGACCUGCUACCCCUAAAGCAUCCCGUCAACCAAGCCCUGCUUCUCCCAUCAAGUCCUAUCAUCCAGGACCUGCUACCCCUAAAGCAUCCGGUCAACCAAGCCCUGCUUCUUCCAUCAAGUCCUACUAUACAGGACCUGCUACCCCUAAAGCAUCCCGUCAACCAAGCCCUGCUUCUCCCAUCAAGUCCUACGAUACAGGACCUGCUACCCCUAAAGCAUCCCGUCAACCAAGCCCUGCUUCUUCCAUCAAGUCCUACCAUUCAGGGCCUGCUACCCCUAAAGCAUCCCGUCAACCAAGCCCUGCUUCUCCCAUCAAGUCCUAUCAUCCAGGACCUGCUACCCCUAAAGCAUCCCGUCAACCAAGCCCUGCUUCUUCCAUCAAGUCCUACUAUACAGGACCUGCUACCCCUAAAGCAUCCCGUCAACCAAGCCCUGCUUCUUCCAUCAAGUCCUACCAUUCAGGGCCUGCUACCCCUAAAGCAUCCCGUCAACCAAGCCCUGCUGUUCCCAUCAAGUCCUGUAAAACCAGCCGUGCCUCUACUGAGUCAUACUGGCAGCCCAAUCCUGCCUCUCCCGGUGAGUCCUUCCAGCACAGCCCUGGGACUCCAAAUGCUGCCUUCACUGCUGCCCCAGCCCCUGUCAGCAGUAGGAGGUGGGGCUGGAAAACUGUCAAGAGAACCAUGAGAGACUGCCUGCAGGCCCUGUGCUGCUGCCCCCUAUCGACGUGCAAGUGUCACAAACACAAGGUGGUCGCAGUUGCAGAUCCAUGAUCCCUCCUAUGGAUGUGGUCAUCCUGACAGCGAGGUCAGCCACACAAGUGGAAGCCACAGUGAGUUGCCUUGCAGCCCUUUGUGCAGGGAGCUGGAGGGGAGAGGAGGAGUCAAGAUCACUAGUGUAUCCUGUGGGCGAGAAGCAGAGGGAGGGGUUGGUGCACAGCAUGGGAAGGCUGCACAGGCACCAGGAACUGAGAGCCAGCGAGAGGAAGACAGGAGGAGCAGGGGGGAGAGUCACCUGGCUUGUGUCCUGCUGUCUGAGGGAGGCUGCCCCAGGGACAGGGAGGGCUGGGCACCAUGGACCUGACCACAACCUCCCAUGAGGAUGCAGGGAGACCUGGGUACCAUGGACCUGACCACACCUGACCACUACCUCCCUUAUUGUGCCUGGCAGUAGGGUGUGUUCUGGGAAGAGCAAGGGGUCAUCUACCAUCACCCCCACACAUCCCCAUGAAGAGACAUGGACCCAAACCCUGGUCUUCUGAAUGCUGUCCCCAAGUCUGUGUCUGCAAGCCUUUGAAAGGAGCCCAUUGAAGUCUUGUGUCAGUAAACAGAGACUCAUAUCCAGCCUUGAGGGCACACAGGCAUGCGUGUGGUGGGGACAGAGUUUGGAACAAGAGAAAUCUCCACACGUGAUGGUGUUGCUUGCCACCGUGGGAACAGUGACAUUUGGUAAAGAGAAGACAUUCGUGGCUUCCAAACUGUGGUCUGUGUUUGCAGCACCUGGGGCAGGAUCUGAACCAGAGAGUGUUCAGGGCAAGUUGGAACAUGCACAUAACACAUGUCAUGGUGCAUCUUGCUUCUGCAUUUUCUCAUUUUCUAUCUUUGUACUUGUUUUCUGCCUUGAGGCUUGUAAAUUGCUUAUGGUCAGUAGUUUAUUACUAGUAUUGGGACCUCUUAAGGAAAUGACUAUUUUCAGAGAUGUUCUGUAGGGGUAGCUGGCUUUGGAUUCUGUCAUCCCAAGAUUUUGCCUCUUCUUUUCUUAAAGGAACUUUUUUUUUUUUUUCAAAACGAGAAACUAUGGAAUUUCUUUUUUGGUACUGGGAGUCAAACUCAGGGUCUUGUGUUUGCCAGGCAGGAGCUGUGCCACUGAGCUCCAUCCCCAGCCCUGCCUCUUCAGUUCGGUAGGAAUGAAGGGCUGCUGCCUGUUUGGCCCAGCACCCAGUUCUUAUAGUUCUGUAGUCCAGAACUACAGGAUUGUUUGUGCCCCUCAGACAACUGAGGUGGUGGUGUUCAAAGAAGAUCAGUUGAUGCCAAUAACUCUGUCACUUUGGCUAACAUAGUACAAUCAGCUAUAACAACUGCAACCAACACAGCCAGGAAAUGAUAAACUCUUAUGACCAAGGACAUGCCUGCUUUAAUCACAGGUAUGAGAUUUGUAGUUACACAGCCAACUAUAAGGCAAAGCAGAAUAUUAUAUACAGUAAGUAUAUACUCAGUAGAGCAAUUUGCCCUAAAGGGAGAAAAUUUAUUAGGGAUACCAAGAAAAUAUAGAAAAAUAAAAGAGAGAUAAGAAGACUGAAGUACAAAGGGAGAUUACCAGGCCUUAGAAAACGAGUGAUAAAACAGGAGCAAAAAGCAGGACCAAAAAAGAGAGAAAAAUACAAAAGCUGAGAACAAUGUACACAGGCAGGAAAAACAAAACACAAAGACAAAAAGUUCUCUGACUUUAAACCUGUGGCAGGCCUCUGCGGUCUGUGGUCUUAUUGCAGUGUCCAGUGCAGAGAAGACAGUGGAGGCACUCCAAGCCCAGCUGCGUGCUGUCAGAUCCCAGCAAGCCUGCAGUAGUGUUUCGGGCCCCUGAGUUAGCUAGAAAUACUAUAGGCAGGGAGACAGGGCUAGGUCCUGAAGGAGCCAGUGCAGGAGCUCAGAUACCUUGCAGCUAAGGGGAGACAGGCACCUCCUGCUGUGGGCCAAACCUCAAGACAAAAGAUCAAACAAAUACAUCCAUAAGGACUGAUGUUCUAAAUAGCUUCUUAGCACCCCGCGGAAGUCAGGAGUCACCAUUCCAACCCCCUAGGGAAGAUUCACUGCUCUCUAAGAAUGCCUGCUUUCUAAGUGGCUCACUUCCCCAUUUGUCCCCAAUUUAAUGAAUUUACCUGAACUAUUAAUCUUAUUGGUUAACCAUAGUUCUGCCCUACCUUAUGCCCAUCUGCCUUGUGAGUUCCCAGUUUUGCCCACAAGUCCAUCUCAUCCCAUGAUUUUCCUCUAUAAACGUCCCUGGGAAAGACAGAGUCCCACUGCUUGGGACUCCUCCUGUCUCUCUCAGACAGAAGCUUGCUUUCUCUCAAUAAAUAUAUUUUACUCUUUACCUCUAUUGUUCCUAAAAUUUACUCUUUGAUUUUAGAGAACACGAAUUCACCUUCAGCCGGUUGUACCCCUUCCCAGCCAUAAUGUGCCCUUUCUGUGGCUUUGGGGAGCAGUUGAGGAGGAUGACAAGGGACAGAUUCAAGCUGAAGCCAUGGAUGCUGCCUUACUUGCUCCAAGGUAGGGCGCAUGCUUGGGUCAGGGUUGAGAAGACCCUUGAUUAAGCUUUGCACCUCUUUGGAGAAGUGCUGGGGAAACUGGUAUCGCCACUUUAGGGCAUUCUUUGUCAACUGUGUUUUGCUCCUACUGACAUAGUAGGUCAGGAGUUUCACUCCCCUAUAUCAUUUGGAGGUCUUCCACUGAGAUCAGCCAGCUUGGUGCAUGCUCCAGUAUCUUAACAGUAUUGAAAGUAUGGCUCACAUCAUGAGUCACUUAGUUAAAAAUGUUCACAGUAUGUUGUACAUCUAAGAAAGCACAAUAAAUACAACAUAUUAUGGACCUUUUUUUUUUUUUGUCCCAGGGAUUAAACUCACAACUUGCAGUUGUCAAGCAGGCACUUAUGCCACUGAGCUAAAUCCCUAGCCCGAUAUUACAGACUUUUAAAACUAACUGUGUGGUCCUUGAGACAGUAAACUGUCUGCAUUCAAGGCCUGGAUCCACCUGAAACUGCAUGUACAAUUCAGGUGAACUUACGUCUUGGCUUGCUGGCCUUAAGAACAGUAAGGAUACCCUAGCAAUAAUUAAAAUCUGUUGUGACUGUCACAUCUUUUGUCUUUUUUUUCCUUUAGAUCACCUUAUCUCCUAGGUUACUGAAUUAAACAGUGUAUGUAAAGGUCCUGGAGGAGUGAUGUUCCAUCAAGUGUCACACAUGUAUUUUAUUUUAAUUGUGGUUUUUGUUAAUCUAUGUUCAAGCAGAGGUAGGAAAGUUUAUGUUCACGUAUAGAAAAAUCUCUUGCAUGUGUAUUUCAACAAAAGAAUAUGUAAUAGAGCAGUAACCCUUCUUCACUUAUUCUUAAUAAUAAAAUAAACUGAUUACUAUGUGUACUGUUUCAGGCACUUAAUAAAGCCCAACAUAACACAAUACAAACCGUACUGAUGCCACUGGAUAUUAAAGGAAUUAAGCAACUGAGCUACACUAGACUUCAUUUCAGCAUUUUAGAUCCUUUCAAAGGACUACACUUGAAUGUCUUUGCACGAUGACCACUUAGUUCUUUAUACUCUGACCUUGGUUAAGCCCAGUUAUGUUCCUUUUGUUACCAGGGUUCUCCAGGUGAUCACCUGAUUGCUCCACUCCUGAUUGGUCAGCUUUUUAAUACUGAGACACCUGAUGAGCUUAUUCAUUUAUUUAUUCAUGGACCACUGUUUCUUGCUUGUACCUCUGGCUGACUAAACUAGGAACAGAUUCAGUCUUGCAAGAUUGUUGCAAAAAACAGAAAAAAAAAUUCGUCUUCUACUUGAAAAAGCCCAUCUAAAUUUAAAAAAAAUAACUAUUCUUCCGGGAGAACAUGGCGGACAGAUAACAGCAACUACCAGAGGCUCUCUGAAAAACUAGGCUCAGAAGCCAGGUAUGGUGCGGACUAAAGAGACAUAAGCAGGUGGAGUUAUGCUCUGCUGACUCAGGAACGAAGUCCGCUGAGAGAAACCAACUUGGAAUGCAGUCCUGGUGCUAAAACAGGAACAGAAAAGCCUCUGCUGGACCCCGCGCCAUUGGAAGCCGCGAGUUGGGUUUCCCACCGCGCGGUGGCUGGCUGCCUCUACAUCGGCUCAGCAAGGAGAGAGACACACGGAAACUCUGAGAACGGGAGUUUGCGAAUGGAGUCGAAAACAGGACGGGCAGGGAGGCAUGUUCUGACUUGUGGCGAGGUCAGUGAGAGAAACUGACACUCCACCACAGUUUGAGUCCAGCGGAUUUUCUGGGCCCGAGCAGUCCUGCGGGAGCAGGGCGCGGUGGCGACUCCAGCCACACAUUCCCCUCUCGGGCGGGAUUGGUGAAAAGUGCCUGGCCUGCGCGAAGCUGCCGGCGGACCCCAUAGGCUGGCCCGACCCAGAUCCCAGAGCCCCACGGAGGCCGGGAGGGGCGGGCCCCGCGUAGGCUGCCUGGUGCGCAGAGGUGAGUGGGAACACCUAACUGGCGCAAUUCAAUCAGGCUGUGGCUGACAGGGAGAGAAGCUGGGCCUCUCAUAUAAGCUUGCAUAUAUAAGGAACAGGGAAUAUGGGAAGAGGCAGCAACAAGAAAGGCUCCUCGGCCCCCAACUCUGAGAAACAGGCAAUAGCGGACACCGCACCAAUAGACAUAAAGCGCCAUAUAGAGAGCCUCAUAGACCAAUUCAGGAAUGAAGUUAUCAAUGACCUGAAGCUAGAAGUAUGCAAAAUUGUUAGAGAAAUGCUAAGCACCACCCAAGAAAAAACAGAUGGUGGAAUGGAAGAAGAGAAAAAGAGGGGAGAAUUGUUUGAUGGAGAUAACAGGGAAAGUAAAGAAUACGUGAAGCAGGUUCAAAGGGACUACCAAGAAACUAAGAAGUCUAUCGAAGACUGGCAUAACAGCUUGAAAGAAACUAAGGACAGACUAUCUGAACUGGAGGGCAGAAUUGUAAUAUGGGAGAAUGAAAUGAAAAACUUCUUGAAAAUAAUAAAGAAACAAACAGCAAUAAUACAAAGACAAGAAGAUGAUAAGAGGAUCCAUAACUUAAGGAUUAAGAACACAAAAGAAGAAGUAGGGACACAAACAAAUGAACUACAAAAGCUACUCACAGAAAUAAUCCAGGAGAAUUUUCCUAAUUUAGCAAAAGGUAAAGAUACUCAGAUGUAUGAGGCAUACAGGACCCCAGCUACCUACAACCCAAACAGAGCAACACCCAGGCAUAUAAUAAUAAAAAUUCCAGAAAUUCAAUACAAGAACAGAAUAUGAAAAGCUGUCAGAGACAAGAAACAGACCACUUACAAGGGAGCACCCAUCAGAAUUACAGCAGAUUUCUCUGCACAAACCAUCAAAUCACGAAGAGCGUGGGGGGAAAUAAUUCAAGCUUUGAAAGAUAAUAAUCUCCAGCAAAGAUUGAGAUAUCCUGCACAACUGUCCCUGGAAAUUGAUGGAAAAACAAGGUGCUUCCAGGAUAAAGAGGAACUGGGGGAAUUUGCAACCACCAAUUCAACUCUAGAGAGAGUAUUACAGGAUAUUCUAAAAAAAGAAAAAUACAAAGAAUCCAGAAAUAGUGGAGGCCACAACGAAUGGAGCAGAGAACAAAGUGAAGAAGACAAACUGACAGCUACUGACAGAAUAAGAGCUCAACAGAAAUGAGGCAGAGAAGAUUGGAUGAUAGGAACAGCUAUUUUGGAGAAAAUGACAUCUUAGUAGGUAAUACUGAUUUAGUAUCAUCUUGUUUUGAAGUCUCAUCUAGCUUUUGUCCUUCUGUCUCCAUUGGUCUAAACAGGUUGUAUCUUAUUGGAUUUUAUUAUGUACGAUAGUAUAAGCAAAAACCUUUUAAAGACAAGGAGAUUAUACAGAAACCAUUGUUCAUUUUCUGUUAGUCGAUUCUAAAUACUCUGUAAUGCUGUCAUUCUCUUAAAUGGUUUUACAUUGUUUUGAUAUACUUAAUGCUACAGUAUACGAAGUUGUACUCAAGGAUUUCAAGGAAAGAGAUAAUAUGGUAACUACUUUUAGGUCAGGAUUAUCUAGUGGUGAAACAGUAUUCUGCUUAAAUGGUUAUCUUUUGAUCUGCGCUGUUUUGUUGUUAUGCCCUCUUUUAUCUCAAUCUCCACUCCAUUAUUUACUUUUUUAUUUUUAUCCUUUUAAUUAAAGGAAAAAAUAGCAGGAUAUAUUAUAGUAACCCACUUUGACUUUCCAUUACCUCGAUUUAAAGCCCUGUAUUACUCUCACCAUCUGGUUUUUAACUGAUGUUCCCCUAUUCUGUUUUGCUGGAUAGUAUCAGGUUCGAAAAUUUAGGCAUCAGCUGUGAAGAUAAUGAGACUCAUUAUAAUGCCCAUUCUCAUUGACUUUUAUCUACUUUUGAAGACCUACAAUGUCUCCAAUGUUUUGGUUUUGUCGGUUUUAUUCUUUACUGUUUUGUUCAAUUGUAUUAUAACUAACGAUAUAGGCAAUUCUAUUAGAGAUAGCGGGAGGCAUUAUGGUAACCAUUGUUGAUCACCUUGUAUUAUGUUUUCACAUUAUCUAUUAUGUCCACCCUUUUGACUUGACCGAUUGCAUUCUGUUAUGUCCCAUUUGGUUUUACUCUCUUCCAAAAAAGUAAUAAGAACCGUGGGAGCAAUGAAACCCAAAUUGUACAAAAGAGAGGAAAAGAAAGUGCUCUAAACUAUAUAACUGCAUGUAUAUUUAAGUGUAUAAGAUAGAAAAUGAUAUCAGAGUUUUAUUGGAUCAUUGAACAGAACUAUUUGCAGUAUCAUUGAUGGAAUGUCCACUUUACAAGCUUUAAUUUUGUGACUUGAACAAUUAUUUCUAAGAUGACAAUAUGUAAUCCAUUAACUAGUGAUUUCCUACUGUUCAUUUUUUUUCUGCAAAUCUGUAUAACUUGUACCCUUUCUCUGCUUUUUUUUCUUUUCUCCUUAAAUAGAAUUAAAAAAUAAAUAAAUAAAAAUAAAAAAAUAACUAUUGUGCCCAAUGUGACUGGUGAUUAUAGAGAUAAAAUACAAGUUCUUGCAUGUGCUGUGGAUAUCUGGGAGACUAUGCCGCACAAUUACUUUUGUUACCUAUGAAAAAGCCUUUUUUUUUUUUGUUAAGUAUGUAAUUUCAGUAAAACAGUGGCCUGCCAUGUGGGCAAUGGCCCACCCUGGGACAAAAAAAAAGCAGUGUGCCAUCCGGAUAAAACCUGCCUCUGAUCCAGAAUGCCAAAACCAUGUUUUCCUUUUGUCCCACCCCAAUUGGACAACCAGAGAUGAGGAGGUUCCUUAUCGGUAUCGCCAGUUCUUCUCAGUAGCCAUUAGGGCACCCCAGAAAACCCACCAAUUUGCCCAAGAGAGCAGAGGUGAGGCAAUUGGCUCAACAGAGACUUAUUAGUCUCCCUCGGGGUUUUCUGAAAAGAGUGCAAAAGCCCUAUCACAUUUAUACACCAGUAGUGGCUAAAAAUGCAAGGGCCAUUAAUAUUGCCUUUGUAACCCAGUCGGCCACUGAUAUUAAGCAAAAAUUGCAAAAGUUUGAGAGAUUUGAGGAAAUGCCCUUCAAUCAGUUAUCAGAGGUUGCUUAAAAGAUAUUUGACAACCGGGAGGACCCUAAAGACCUGGCUUAAGAGGUUUCUGCUGGGCAGAAAAACUGCAUUGGUUGUUGGACUUUCCAUAAAAAAAUAAAAAUAAAUGACUCUUUCCUCCCAGCAGAUGCAAGCCAUCCAACAGAUUUCAGUGCCUGUGACUAAAAACCGAGUGGAAAAAUUUCUAGGAGCCAUAGGACUGACGCAGAGUUUGGGACCCUGGCAGAGGCCUGUUGCCUAUCUUUCCAAGAGACUUGAUUAUGUGGCAGCCAGAUGGCCACCUUGUCUGUGGGUGUUUUCCUCGGUAGUCAUCCUGAUAGAGGAGACACAAAAACUGACUUGUGGACCAAAAUUCUUAAUUGUUUCCUCCUAUUCGCUGGAGACUCUCAUCAAGCCUCCACCGGACCAAUGGCUGCCCAACUCCCAAGUCAUGCAUUAUCAGGCAUUACUUCUAGAUCUGACUACCAUCAGUUUCAAGGGACAGCGGCUUCAAACCCUGCUACUCUGCUGCCUGAUGAUGCCCCUCCUUGCCCCUCCACAUCUGUAUUGGGGACCAGACUUGACAGAUGAGCCACUAUUCAGAGUUCCUUUGUAUUUCUCCGAUGGAAGCAGUUAAAUUUAUCCAGCCCACUGAGAGGACAAACACCCUGCUGUAGAGCCUGAGUCGCCGGUGCUCAUCAACAGGAUUCACCAUGGAUCUCUUGAGCCAUUGAAAAGGUCCCUACAUUGUAGUCCUCAGCACUCCAACUGCUAUCAAAGUAGCCAGAAAGCCUACCUCGAUGCAUCAUUCCCACUUCAAGCAGGUCCUGGCUUCCAAAGGCGAUCAACCUACAGAUAAGUGGACUGCCAUUCCCUCCAAGGACUCUUUAAAGCUCAGGAUUGCCAAAUGUAACUAAUAAUCUUAUGUUCUCCCUUAUGGAGACCCCAAGGAGGCCUCUAUCUGGCUUUUAAAAAAUUGUUAAUUAUGUGACAAAACAGUGAAUUUAAAUGUUGGUUUUCUUUCUCCUUUUGGUUAACAGCUUUAAUAAUGACAGCUGCAAGAAAUUUGUUAAUCUUCCUAUUGGGCCUUGUAUUAUACACAGAUUAGUAAACUAUGUCAAAGGUUCAAAUUAUACAGCUUAUGAUUUUAAAGACGCAAGGUUAUAAACAGGUACCUAUGUCUGAAAACCCAUGAGCCAAUGAUUUGGUGCACUGACUAAAAUCAGUGGGGAAAGCUGUACACUAGCUAAAAGAGCUUUGUUAUGUUUGUAUUAAGCCAAAGUACCUGUAACGCCACCUACUGUUUUGUAUGCAAUUCCCCCCCUCUGGGUGACCUAACUGAUAUGUUAAUCAAUGCUCCCUUCUGUAAAAAAUUGUAAAUCCCGGGAACCUAACCUAAUUGAUAUGUUAACCAUUGUUGCCCUUUACUAAUAACAGAUGUGGUGCUAAAAUCAGCUGACAAAGAAUUAACUAAUGCUAGACUACUCUGUCCUCUGCUAAGGAAAACAUUUCCUUAGCAGAUUUCCUGAUCCACCCCCAUAACCCCUUUACUUUGUAAACUCUGCUCUCUACAAGAGGCUAGAAAGCCUUAAGGAGGACACACAGCUUUUGCAAAUUCCAACUGCACUGUGUUGCAGGGCCCAGGAUAAAAUAAAUCAGCGCUGCUUUUUGAAAAUAAAAACAUGUCUUGCCCAUUUUUGAACUUGAGUUUAGGCUUUGGGGGGCUUGUUUGUGGAUUACAAGAUUUAAUGGCAUAUUUUUAUUAUUUUAUUCUUUCACAUGUUAUAUUAGUUGCUAAAGUUACUGGUAUUCCUUGCUUAACUAUAUUUAGACAAUAGCACCACAGAUGAUAAUAGAACACCCUCAACAGUCUUUAAUAUAAAUUUCUAUUAAAUGGUUCUCUUAAAUGAAAUCUAGUUCAGACUUAGAAAACUUACAUGCCUACAAUAAAACAUGGGACUCGUUCCACCAUUUAAGAAGCACUAGGCUGGUGGCCAUGCUUCCGGACUUGGAGGACAGGUUUCACUGAGACAGACUGGCUCUGAUCCUCCUUUAUCCUCCAGAGGAAUGUCAAGCCUGUUCUGCUUCAGUUUCCUUUGUUUCACUUUACCUCUUACUCUCUUGCCACUUUACAUUUUCCUAAUAAAGGCAUAUAAAAGUGGGAAAAACUCUAGAUUAUUCCAACCUUUUCCUUCUGAGUUAAGCCCAUAGAAAAUGAGCAUUUGCUAAUGCCAAGGACAGGGAAGUCAUCUUAGAUGAGGGACACAUACUCCAUCUCUGAAUCAGAUGAGACAUCAGAAUUGUGCCCAUUCAGGAGAAUACACAUGAAAGCUGUGUCCCAGCUCAGUGUUCUGGGCAAAUCUCCUUUGGAAAUUAAACCCAAGACACAGUGGGGAGAACCAGUUUCCAUGUGGCAAUGGAAGCAGCUAUCCUUAAAAGCAGCACACAUAGGGGACCUAAACCUAUUUAGAAUAAGGAGACUUUCCAACCUCUCAAAUUAUGGACUUAAAAACCUUUAUUAUAAAUUGAUAAAGAAGUAGGUAAUGAUCUUGCUCAGUCUUUUAAUUAUCCCUCAUAGAAUUUUGACACACAGUGGUCACUGUGCCAGCUAAUUAUCCUUAUAGCAACUGCCACCCUCAAAAUCAGAGGCUAGCUUUCCCCAGCAUCUGUUUGGUGAAUCCCCAUGGAAGCCAGUGGCCAAUGGAGUCAACAGAAUGUUGACCAGACAGACAGCUGGAUUCCUUUUUGGAGACUGAUGUCUGGUUAUCUGAGGCAAUAGAAACUGAGAACUGAGGGUUCCUGGCCAGAGUAACACUCUGGUUGUCACCCAACAUUUCCUCAAUGGACAUUUGCUCAUGACCAUUUAAAAUCUCCUCUUUUCUAUCAUUCUUAUUUCUCUGCUAGUAGACUAAAAACAUUCUAAACUUUUCAAUAGAUCUUCAGAUCACUUAAACUACCCGUCCCUUCAGAGAUUAUACUGAGGUAGCUUGCAAUGAUUGCUUACAUUCCAUAGCAGCUACUAGGGAAAUGAUUUACCUAUGUUAAUUAAAAGUAAAUAGACUUGAGCAAUUAUUUCUAAGAUGACAAUGUGUAAUCUAUUAUCUAGUGAUUUCUAUUUUUUUGAAAUUCUGUGUUACUUGGACUCUUUUUCAGUUUUUUUCUUUUCUCUUUAAAUAAAAGUUUUUUCUUUUGUCUUUAAAUAAAAUUUUUAAAAAUGUAACUAGGAUUUUUUGUGUGACUAGAAGACUGAUGUGCCUCUUUCUAACUUAAAAUGUGACUGCUAGAUGAUAAUUUAUAAAUUUAACCUGUGAGCUUCAAAGAUACAGAAAUCUAAAUGAAGUAUAACCUUGUCCUGUUACGAAGAAAGAUUACCUAGAUAAGUGAGAAACAAAUGUCUGGAGACUCUUGCCCAGAUUAAGGAGUAAGGCUCCUCCAGUCAGUUGUUCUAUCUAUCUCUAGAGGAGAGUUACUCUAAAAAACCUGAAAAGUACUCUACCACCAAUUCACCUUUUAAUGUAUGCUCCCUUAUAAUACAUGCUUACAAAGUCAUGCUUCCUUCUUAAACAUUCUUUAUGGAAACAAAACUCACGAGCUAUCUAGCAAUACAGGAUUGUGUGCCAGGUCCAGGGUGGAUAAGCUGACAGAAUCUAUCGUCCAUUCUCUCCAGAGGGCAUUCACCUGCCCUGGAGCAGUUUCAACCCAAGAGACACAUGGGGAACAUCUAUCAAAUAGGAAAAAAAAGGACAUCUUAUUUUAACUCAUUUUAUGCAUUAACUAGAUAGCUCAAUAUCACUCAUAGCUCAUCAAAUGGUACUUAGUUCAAUGCCUGGGUACAGAAAAGGUUUCAUACUUAUGCCUUGCUUUUACUUUAUAGACAUGGACAACAAAAUGCCAAAGCCCCUUCUCCUUUGGAACACAUUCUUAGGCACUAGAUGUUCAAGCCUUCCAUGUUGAAAAAGAUCCAUUUGGUAUUUCUCUGCAUGAGUGUGUGGCCUACCUACCCCCUAGAGCCUUAGUGGAAUACAGAGGUAAGUAUUAAUUAUGAUCCUCUUUUACAACCAGAGACAUACCAUGACAAGCAGGAAAAAUGGUCAGUGUUGUCCUACAUUCAGACUUUCUAUGCAUUGGGAAAUAUUUCUUAUUUAUACUCUAAAUGUAAAUGUUAGCCACAGGAAAACUCAGCACCUCGGGCCCUUAAGGCAUCUUCUCCCCAAGAGCAGAAAAUUGCACCUCCUGAACCUUUAGAACCUGAGGACAAAAUAGCCUUAAUCAAAUCCCCCCCCCUUUUUUUUUACUGAACCUAAGGUUUCCCCCACCUGCCCUUCCAGCCUUAAGGAUAAAGCUUCUAGGCCAGCUGUAAUCCAGGCCUCUCCAGGACUAUACCCAUCCUUAGCUGAGUUUAAGCAAGCUCCUCAAGGGCAGUAUCCUUUGCAGGGAGUACAUGGAUGAUCUGGAACUUCCAGAGUUCAUGUACCUUUCUCUCUUGGUGACCCAAGACAAAUAAAAUUAGAUCUUGGCAAAUUUUCAGAUGAGCCUGACAAGUACAUUCAGGUCCUUAGAGGACUUACUCAGGCAUAUGAAGUAGAUUGGAAAGAUGUAGUGUUACUCUUAAAUCAGACAUUCACUUCUCGUGAGAGACACGCAGCAUUACAGGCUGCUAUUGCCUUUGGAUAUGAAUACCAUAUUGUCAAUUUUAGAAGGCCAGAAGAUAAAGGGAAAUAACUUUAGCAACUAGUUUAAAUUUAACUUGUGCAAGAAUAAAAUAAUAAAAAUAUGCCAUUAAAUCUUGUAAUCCACAAACGAGCCCCCAAAGCCCAAACUCGAGUUCAAAAAUGGACAAGACGUGUUUUUAUUUUAAAAAAGCAGCACUGAUUUAUUUUGUCUUGGCCCAGCGACACAGUGCAGUUGGAGUUUGCAAAAGCUGUGUUCCCACUGGAUCACAAACAGUCCCUAUGCAAGACUCUUACUUGGCCCACAACCAGGUGGGUGAUUGGAUUAGAAAAUAUUUCCAGACAUGUGUUCUUGAAGGCUGAAGAAGAGUGAGAACUAAACCAUUCAAUUAUUUUAAGUUAUCAGUUAUUCAACAAGAAAAGAAGGAACAAUUUUCUGCCUCCUUAGAUGGAUUAUGAGAGGCAUUGAUAAAGCAUACUUCUUUAGAUUCUUAUUCAAUAGAGGGACAAAUUAUCCUUAAAGAUAAGUUUAUUACACAGUCAGCCUCAGCUAUUAGAAAAAAGCUACAAAAGAUGGCUUUUCCUCCAGAUACUCCACUUGAUACUUUAUUUAUUCAUUGAUUUUGUGUGUGUUGGAGUUUGUAGAUCAAACACAACCACACAUUGGCCAGGCAAGUGAUUUUGCCACUGAGCUAAAUCCCCAGCUCACUUGAUACUUUAGUAAAAGUUGCCUCCUCAGUAUUUUAUAACUGUGAGAGGGAUGUCAAAGAGAGAAAACAAAGAGACUGAGAAAAAGCAGCUGCUUUUGCACAGCAUUAAGAGAAACAGACCCUAAGUCUGAUUCUCAGGUCUCCAAGAAGAGCUCAACAAUGACAUUCACCUGCCAUCACUGCCACAAGCCAGGUGACCUUAAGAGGGACUGCACUCAAAAGCCCCCUGGGCCAUGCCCUGACUGCAAAGGUGACCACUGGAUGUCAGACUGCCCUCUCAGCCCAAGGCCCCACCAGGGUUCAGAUUCAUCCUACCUUUACCUCUUAUCAAAAUAACAAAUACACCUCAAAACCUAGGCCUCAGUCCGCCUGAAAUGCCUUAUGGAUGCCCUUUCCUCACUGAUGAUUUUCUCUUUGUCAGAGAAACAGAUGCCUUAUAAAAAGACAUCACCUCAUUGGAUAAACUCCAACAAACUCUUCAAGAGCUUACAGAAGCUCAGCCUACAGAGAAAGGAAAACCUAUCUUCCACCCUGGAGAUUUAGUACUGGUAAAAUCCCCUCCCUCAUCAGCCAUUUGGAAGGACCUUACACUGUGAUCCUGUCGACUUCUUCCAUGCUGAAGACAAUAGGCCUGGACACUCGGAUGCAUCACACCUGACACAAACCCUGGAAACUUGAGACUAUCACUGGAUGUGAACAACCACCCACAUACUCCUGUGAACCCACAGAAGACCUAAGAUUCCUCUUCAAGGAGAAAACAAAGACUUCAGACUUAGAGCUAUAUGUCUACCCAAGAUGAAAAUGCCUGGCAUCUAUUGGGGGCCUCUAGACAGGAUCUCUGCAGAAGUAUCUCUGACUGCUGGUCACCACUACAACCCUCUUCAGCCUGAAGAAGCCAGAUCGGUCAUCACCCAUGACACCCUCAUGGCAGUUCUGGUUACUUCUUCAGAGAGGGGACUGUUAUAAGCAGCUGAGUUAGUUAGAAAUACUACAGGAAGUGAGACAGGGCUAGGUCCUCAAAGGAGCCAGUGCAGAAGCUCAGAUACCUUGCAACUAAGGGGAAGACAAGCACCUCCUGCUGUGGGCCAAGCCUCAAGAUAAAAGACCAUACAAAUACAUCCAUAUCCUAAGGAGUGAAGUUCUAAAGAGUUCCCUAGCACCCUGAGGGAGUAAGGAGUGACAUUCCAAACCUUUGGGGAAGAUUCACUGCUCUCUUAAGAAUUCCUGCAUUCUAAGUGAUUCCCUUCCCCUUUUGUCCCCAGUUUAAUCAAUUUUACCUGAACUAUUCAUCUUAUUGGUCAGUCAUAGUUUUGUACCACCUUAUGCCCAUCUGCCUUGUGAGUACCCAGUUUCCCCAUGUUAAACUCUUUUUAAUGCCGUGAUUUUACUCGAAGAGUCUUUAGAAAAAAUAGAGUCCCUGGCAACCCGCUUGGGACCCCUUUUGUCUCUCUCUCAGACAGAAGCUUGCUUUCUCUCAAUAAAUAUAUUCUACUCUUAA